AUGGAACAAAGGUGUUUCGCGCAACGGCUGAAGGAGCCGUCGAAAUUCACACUCGUAGCUGUAUUGUUUGUGUUUCAAGUAGUGGUGCAUGCACAGAUACAGUACUCCAUUUCCGAGGAACAGCAGGACGGGGCAGCUGUGGGGAAUAUCGCAAAGGAUUUGGGCAUAGAUCAGAAGACCUUAAAGGAGCGAGGAUUUCGCAUCGUCUCGACUUCAGGCGAGUCAUUGUUUAGCGUCAAACAGAAUGAUGGUGUGCUGUAUGUGAACGGAGUAAUAGACAGAGAGGAGGUCUGCGAGAGAAUCACCCCCUGUUUGGUCAAUCUGAAAAUCGCAUUAGAAAAUCCACUCGAGAUCCACUAUGUCACUAUAGAGAUUUUGGACAUCAACGACCACGCUCCGAGUUUUCCUGAUAGUGAACUGCAUUUAGAGGUUGGAGAAUCUGCCCUGCCCGGUGCGCGAUUCCAGCUGCAGGCAGCGCGCGAUUAUGAUAGUGGUAGUAAUUCUGUUAAUCACUAUAAACUCAGCCACAGUGAUAAUUUUCGCCUCGAAGUCAAGGAUCGUGGACAACACGGUAAAAUUCCAAUUCUGAUUUUACAAAAGCCUUUAGACCGAGAAAUGACACAAAUCAUUAAUAUGCAAUUAACGGCUUUAGAUGGAGGAAAGCCUGCAAAAUCAGGGACAAUGGAGAUAAAGAUUAAUGUGUUGGAUAUAAAUGACAACGCCCCCGUUUUCACGAAAGAUGUUUACUCUGUGAUGCUAAAUGAAAAUGCACCGGUAGGUACAAUUGUAAUACAAGUAAACGCUACGGACUCUGACGAAGGCGCAAAUGGCGAGAUCCUUUAUUCGUUUGGCAAAAAUGUUAAUGAUAAUGAAAGAAAGCUUUUUGAUAUUAAUCCAAUCAACGGUGAAAUAACCGUUAAAGGGCGUUUAGAUUAUGAGGUUAAAGAAAGCUAUGAGAUAGACAUACAGGCAUCUGACAGGGGCAUGAUUCCCACUGCUACUGAUAAAAGCGUAACCGUAAAGAUUGUUGACGUAAAUGACAAUGCACCUGAAAUUGAAGUGACUUCAUUUUCCAACACCAUUCCAGAGGAUUCUAGACCAGGUACCACAUUAGCUUUAAUAAGCGUUUCUGAUUUGGAUUCUGGGCUCAAUGGGAAAGUGUCCUGUUCUGUAGGAGAUGAUAAGCCUUUUAGAUUAAUGCCGUCAUCACAAGAUAAUACAUAUUCUUUAGUUUCCACGUCGACUUUAGACCGGGAAAGGAAGUUACAGUAUGACAUUACAUUAGUCGCCAGAGACGCGGGGCAACCAGCAUUGUCGUCUGUUAAAACUAUAAAUGUUCUGAUAUCAGAUGUGAAUGACAACAGCCCAGAAUUCUCUUUUUCACCCUAUGCGUUUUAUGUCGUUGAAAAUAAUGUCCCGGGAAAAUCUUUAUUUUCCGUGUCUGCUUAUGAUAAAGACUCGAACGAAAAUGCUGUAAUCAAUUAUCAAAUAUGGAGAGCAGGUAGUGAGGGAAACAAGUUAACGUCUUUCGUCAAUGUUAACACAGAAAAUGGAGAGAUUUAUGCGCUGAAGAGUUUUGACUUUGAAACCGUUAAACAUUUUAAUUUUCAAGUUCUCGCUACAGACUCUGGAUCUCCGUCUCUGAGCAGUAAUGUGACAGUGAACGUGUUUAUUUUGGAUCAGAACGACAAUGUUCCAGUGAUCUUAUAUCCAGUAAGUGCUAAUGGUUCUGCUGAGGGUGUGGAGGAGAUUCCUCGCAAUGUGAACGCAGGUUAUCUGGUGACUAAAGUCAGAGCCUACGACGCAGAUAUUGGAUACAACGGCUGGUUAUUAUUUUCACUGCAGGAAGUUAGUGAUCACAGUCUCUUUAGUUUGGAUCGAUAUACAGGACAGAUAAGAACCCUUCGCUCAUUCACAGAAACAGACGAGAACCAGCAUAAACUGGUCAUACUGGUGAAAGACAAUGGGAACGUUUCUCUGUCAGCAACAGCGACUGUGGUUGUCAAAGUUGUGGAGCCCAAAGAGGCUUUUGCAGCUUCUGAUGUUGAAAACUCCGUAAAAGUCGAGGAGGAAGACAACGUGACAUUUUAUUUGAUCAUCACAUUGGGCUCUGUGUCAGUGCUUUUUAUCAUCAGUAUCAUCGUGCUGAUUGUGAUGCAGUGCUCUAAAUCUACUAACUAUUCGUCCAAGUAUUUACAAGAUAUGAAUUACGACGGGACUCUGUGUCACAGUAUUCAGUACAGAUCUGGAGACAAACGGUACAUGCUAGUUGGACCAAGAAUGAGUGUCGGUUCUACUCUAUCACAUGGCAGUAAUAGGAACACUCUAGUGAUACCAGAUCGAAGGAGGAGAGACUCGGAAGAGGUAAGCAUCUCUGCGUUUUUCUUUUACAAAUUCCCUAGAUAA